UUAGCAACGUAACUAUUCAUAUACAAAUAUAACGAUGGCUUUGCAUAGGGUAAAGGGUGUGAGCGGAGAAGUUCGGAUCAACGGUAAAGUUCGUGAACUACAGAGCAAACUAUGGAAGAGGAUGUCGUGUUACAUACAGCAAGACACCAUUCUCACACCAUACGUCACCGUCGAAGAAACCAUGACUUUAGCCGCUCAUUUGAAACUUGGCUGCACAAUCAGCUCCGCUUAUAAGCACACUCAGGUUUCAGAGUUGUUGGAAAUGCUAGGGCUGAGCCAUUGCUACGACACUUUAUGCGGAAAAUUAUCGGGAGGACAGAAAAAGAAGCUUGAUAUCGCUUUAGAACUCCUAACUAAUCCUUCAAUAUUAUUCCUCGACGAACCAACAACUGGUCUGGAUUCCUUCUCGUCCAGCCAAUGCGUCGCUCUCAUGAAACGAUUGGCGGAAUUAGAAAGGCGUACGGUAAUCUGUACGAUUCAUCAGCCGAGCGCCUUACUUCUGGAGAAGUUUGAUUCCCUGUACGUGAUGGCCGAUGGUCAUUGCAUAUACAGAGGCCCGGUUAGAUCCUUGAUACCACACCUGACUUCCGUCGGCGCCCAAUGUCCAUUUAAUUACAAUGUAGCAGAUUUCGUCAUUGAGGUGGCGAUCGGCGAAUACGGAGUUGAGCUCGAUAAGCUGGUGGCGGCGGCGGAAACGAUACCGAACGAUGAAAAGCAGGUCGCCCUUACCGCGAGGAAGCCUGAAGAAAGUAAGGUCGCUUCUUUUUCGGGAAUUUUAUUUUUACCUUAUAAAUUUAAUUGUAAAUGUCGAGUAGAUAAAAUUGUUAUCCACGCGCAGAUUAUUUACAUUCUGUGAUAUUUUUAGUUUCAAGAAACUGCGAAACUACGCCAGUUUCUUUGGUAAGAAUAACAUAAUUAUUACAUAAGUAUAAGGUCUAUAACAAAUUAUAGCCAAUAAAUAUCUAAAAAUCUAGCCGUUUGAAAUUUGAAACGCUCUUGAAGGCCAAGAGAUUGUGCAAUCAUGUUUUAUGGCAUGUUCAUUAGGAAAUUUAAAAUUAGCAAAAUAAAAUUAAAAACAUUUUUUCUUGUAAGAGUUGAUUUAUCA